UCUAAGUUACAAUGCUAUGACUUAUGUACGAAGUGUUACCACCCAUACUUUAAUAACUCUGUAUCUGGCUCAUAAUCAAAUUGCACAACUGUCAAAUUGAUUUUUAGAGGGCGCCGUACAACAUAGAACCCUCUUGCUGAAUUACAACAGGCUGACUGUUAUCAACCAGACUACCUUCUAAACAAAACCUUAAAAAGUUGUCCCUACAUGGGAACCCAUUUCAAUGCUCAUGUGAUGCACUGGAUUUUAUUAUUUGGAUUGAAAACAACAAUGUCAUCAUCCCAAGCCUGACCACGGAUGUCUAAUGUUUCGUAUCCUACGGCCAUCCUCAGGUGAUGAUUUAUUUUGAUUUUGACCAGUGUGUCAACGACACUCUGGCACGACUAAUCUCCAUUCUCACAACUACCUUCAUCGUUGUCACGACGUCGAUGGCAACGGUGGCACACAUCUUCUACUGGGACGCCUCCUACGUCCUGCAUUACCUGAAGGCAGAAUGGAAGGGCUAUCGUUCUUCGGCCUCACAAGACAACGUGUACGACGUCUUCGUGACACAUGACACCAAAGACCCCUGGGUCUCGGAGUGGGUGCUGGAGACGCUGAGGGUGAAGCUGGAGGUCGAGGGGGAGAAGGCGUUCCCCUUGUGUCUGGAGGAGCGGGACUGGCCCCUCGGCGUCCCGGUAAUUGACAACCUCACCCAGAGCAUUCGCUACAGCCGCAAGACCCUUUUUGUGCUGACCAAGGCGUACGCCAAGACGGGGGUGUUCCGCUUGGCCAUGUACCUGGCCCACCAGUGGCUGCUGGAUGAGAACCUGGACGUGAUCGUGGUGCUGAUGUUGGAGCCGGUGCUGCAGAACAAUCCCUUCCUGCGUCUGAGGAGGAGGCUGUGUGGGGAGAGUGUUGUGGAGUGGCCCAGGACUGCGGCCGCUGAGCCCUGGUUUUGGCAGAACCUCAGGAAUGUAGUCAGGGUGGACAACCAGACAAUGUAUACCAGCACUUACUCUCAGUACUUCACCUGCAGCCGGGAGAGAGACUGAAGCUGCAGCUUGGACGUUUUCCUCUUUUUCUGAAUUACUUUUAUGUUUAGUUACUUAAAUGUACUUGUCGUUGUUGUAGGCUAUUUUUGCAGUUAUCUUUGUCAAGUGAUGCUUUUGAACUGAUGUUCUUUAUGGGUUGAAUGCUAUGAUAAUGUGUGUUAAUAAUGAAACACUUUUAACAGCCUAGUUUUAGGUCAUGACUAAUCUAUGUACCCUAAAAAGGGAAGCAAAAGAAGCUUUCUUCCGCAAUUUGUUGAUGAUUCUAUUUCGAGGAAGAUGCUGCAGUCUGAUUUAGUGUGUUCACUUCAUCCACAAGAGAAUACAGCUCUUAUCCAGUGCUAUUGAAUUGACAUUUAACGACUUUUUACAAAUUAUAUCUUGCGGGUCCACCACAUUCAAAAUGAAUACGCCCAUCUACUGGUCUUUCCUUGUCGGUCGACUACUUCUGUUUUUACAUCAAUUGAGUCAUACUGCCAUGUUCCAACACAGUACAAAUUGGAUGUCCCGGCAGUUUCCAUGUGAUGUCAGUGGACUAGUGUUUCAUUGUGAAGCAAAAAAACUUCAACAAGUACCUGACGGGAUAACCAGCAAUGCCACCGUAGUUAAUUUGUCAAAAAACAAUCUUCAGCAAAUACCAGGGAAUGCGUUUUCUCAUCUGGAAAAUCUCACUGAACUUAAUCUU